CCGAAAAAAACGGCAACACUGGCCACGUCAUGUCAAAGACAAAACAGAAACGAUGGCGUUGGCAACAUACCCGCCAUUUGCAGCACUACCUCUACAUGGUAAUUAUGGCAACGGCAAUUAUUGUCCCAAUUAACAUGACAAGGUGUAAUAACAUCCAAGCCAAGACAGUGACAGCAACAGCGACAGUAAUAGCAGCAACGACAACUACAACAACAACAACAACAACACCAACAGCAUUUCCGCCAUCCACAAGGACGUCUGUGGCAUUUAAAAUGACACCCAGCGCCGCCAAAAACAUUUUAACAUCCUCCUUGUCCUCGUCAUCCACGUCUUCGACGCCCAAAAUGCAGCACCAGUUAAUGUCAAUUAUUUUCAAUGAGGAAGCUCAACCACCCACCAGCAACAGCACAGACAUCAAGAAAAAAACCAACCGUCCUGUAAAUAUUGCAAAUUUACAAAAUGAUAACGCCACUGCAACGUACACAGAGGAGGCACAAAGUGAGAGUAAAUCCCUAACACUGCUCACACACUCGAAUAUGAAAAUCAAUGAAAAGCCCUUAACACCCGCUUCCUCUGCAACACCAAGCACAAAGACAAGGCCAAAGGCAAUCACAGCAAAGCUUCCAUCUUUAUUGGCAAACAGACAUCGACGCUUUUCCAAACUGAAAACCCAUAGAAAUGUUUCCGUUUCCAAUAACUCAAACCCCACCAAACUCCAAACUCCACCUCCUGUGCAUUUCGCCAACACUCAGUCAACCCUGCCUGUCUCCAUGAGUUUGUGGCAACAACAUCAACAACAAUAUCUCAAAGUAAAUCAAGUCUUCGAACAGGAACGUGCCCUAACUCGCUCCAAUCUGCAACAUAAUCGCGGCAAAAUUGUUUUGCUCGGCCUCUUUGAACUGUCGACCAAAUCCGGACCACGACCGGAAGGAUUAAGCGAAUUGAUUGCCGCCCAAAUGGCUGUGGAGCACAUAAAUCGCAAACAGUUAUUGCCCGGCUACACCAUUGAGCUGCUGACAAAUGAUACGCAGUGUGAUCCUGGUGUGGGAGUUGAUCGUUUCUUUCAUGCCAUCUAUACACAGCCCUCUACACGCAUGGUAAUGCUGCUUGGCUCCGCCUGUUCCGAGGUAACCGAAAGUCUAGCCAAAGUUGUACCCUAUUGGAAUAUAGUGCAGGUCUCGUUUGGCUCCACUUCGCCCGCCUUGAGUGAUCGCCAGGAGUUUCCCUACUUUUAUCGCACAGUGGCCCCAGACUCUUCACACAAUCCUGCCCGAAUCGCCUUUAUAAGACGUUUUGCUUGGGACACUGUAACCACCUUCUCACAAAAUGAAGAAAUCCAUUCGUUGGCUGUCAAUGAUUUGGUUACUGAAUUGGAGGCAGCCAAUAUAUCAUGUGCGGCAACCAUAACAUUUGGGGCGACCGAUUAUAAGGAGCAAUUGCUGUUAUUGCGUGAAAGUGAUACUCGUAUUAUAAUCGGUAGUUUCUCGCCCAUUCUGGCCCCCCACAUACUGUGUGAGGCCUAUCGCCUGCGUAUGUUUGGUGCCGAUUAUGCCUGGAUAUUGCACGAGAGCAUGGGGGCUCCAUGGUGGCAUGAUUUGUCGACAACCGCAUCCUAUUGUACGGCCAAGGAAUUACAGACAGCUGUUGAAAAUUUGAUAAUUGUAUCGUCCCAUAAUAGCAUCGUUGGCAACAACAUCAGUUUAAGUGGUUUGAAUAAUGACAUGUUUAACAUGCAAUUGCGACAGCAAUCGGAAAAAUUUCAGGACAUUUUCAAAAGUGUUGCCACACCAAGGCGCCACCAGCAACAACAACAACAACAAAGGAAUGAAAGAAAGCAUAAAAAACAUGUUGCAACUGCCAUCAACAAUGCCGGCAGUCGUGGCAUUGGCAGUCAUACCAACACAAACAAAGCAACCACAAAAAGCCUUUCAAAGCAAACACACAUCAACACUGACAACAGCAAUAAUCGCCAUAGUGGUGCCGGUGCUGGUGCUGAUGCUGGUGAUGAUGUUGGCCACCGAGACCAACAUCUGACAGCGGCAGCUGCAACCGCAGCAAUGGCAAGUGUUACAAAGGACAACUCAGCAUCGUCAUCGCCAUCGACAUCAUCAACAUCCGCUCUAUUGUCCCGUUUGGAUAGCAGCACCAUCACCACCACAAUGAGGAGUACAACGACAACAAUGACGACAACAACAACAACAACUACCACCGUUUCACGUUAUGCCCCCCAAACGUAUGAUGCUGUAUGGGCCAUUGCAUUGUCGUUGCGUGGAGCCGAGGAGCAUUGGCGUAAGGCUGCAGUGCAACAAUCAAAAUUAGAUCGUUUCGAUUACACUCGCAGCGACAUGGCCACUGAGUUUUUACAACAAAUGGGCAAAUUGGAUUUUCUCGGCGUUUCGGGUCCUGUUUCAUUUAGUGGUCCUGACCGCAUUGGCACCACCGCCUUCUAUCAAAUACAAAAUGGUCAACUGGAACCAAUUGCCUUAUACUAUCCGGCCGAGAAUGCAUUGGACUUUCGAUGUCCACACUGUAAGCGGGUCAAGUGGCAUGGUGGCCAGGUGCCAAUAGCGAAACGUGUGUUCAAAGUUCGUGUGGCGACAAUAGCUCCGAUGGCCUUUUACACCAUAGCCACAUUGUCGUCGGUGGGCAUUGCCAUGGCUUUGGCAUUUCUGGCAUUUAAUCUGCAUUUUAGGAAAUUAAAGCCCGUGUUUAUUUGUUGUCGGCUGGCUUCUCAUUGGCUUUUGGUUCGAUGUUUGCCAAGACAUAUCGUGUCCAUCGCAUCUUCACUCGCACCGGCAGUGUAUUCAAGGAUAAAAUGCUGCAGGAUAUUCAACUUAUUUUGUUGGUGUGUGGCCUGUUGCUGGUCGAUGGGCUCGUUGUCACCCUCUGGGUCGUCACCGAUCCCAUGGAAAGGCAUUUGCAUAAUUUAACAUUGGAAAUCAGUAACAUUGAUCGCAGCGUGGUCUAUCA